GUUCUCACAGUUUUCUCAACAAAGUCAAAAAGUAAAGCAGAACAAUGACUGGCCGUGGAAAAGGUGGCAAAGGUCUGGGAAAAGGUGGUGCCAAGAGACAUCGUAAAGUGUUGCGUGAUAAUAUCCAGGGAAUCACAAAACCAGCAAUUCGUCGUCUUGCCCGUCGUGGCGGUGUGAAGCGUAUUUCUGGGCUCAUCUACGAGGAGACUCGUGGUGUCCUCAAGGUCUUCCUCGAGAACGUUAUCCGGGAUGCCGUAACAUACACUGAACACGCCAAGAGGAAGACAGUUACCGCCAUGGACGUUGUCUAUGCCCUGAAGCGUCAGGGACGCACCCUCUACGGUUUUGGAGGUUAAAUCUGCUCAACAUUCAUCUCCAAAUCUCAUAAAAACAGUUCUUUUCAGGACUUUUCAAACCCCAUGCGUGCAAAAAAAACGGUCCUUUUCAGGACCACAAAGAAUAAAAUAAAGAGUUUAAUGAAUUUCUAGAAUAAUAAAAAAAAUAACCAAAUUAACCCUUCGUACCUCCUGAACCCAUGAAACUUUGGUGAAACAUC